UCUGGGUUCGCCUCUUUGCCUCUUCUCUCCUCGCACUUGAUGUUUCGUUUCGUGUUGACAAGCGUCCAUGCAUUGUUGCUCCGUAUUCCACCUGAGAAGACGGACGCAUCCGGCACGGAGAGAAUGUCAACAAACUCCCGCUGCAAACGGAAGUUCUGAGAGAAAGGACGGUCGACGUUGACGUGACCAAGAUCCUUGAGCCUUCCUAGUUUGUGCUUGAGGGCAUUCCACUCACCAUGGUGCGAUUCCAGAUCAUGUCCGAUUUGCACUUGGAGGCACCGUCCGCUUAUGAUGUCUUCUCGAUCACCCCCAAGUCUUCGUGCCUCGCUCUUCUCGGCGACAUCGGCAACAUCAAGGACAAGGGAUUCUUUCCAUUCCUCGAAGUACAGCUCAAGAAGUUUGAGCACGUCUUCUUCCUGCUCGGCAACCACGAACCGUACCACUCCAGCUUCGCAAAGGUCAGGGCGCAGAUCCAGGACUUCUCCGACAAGAUCGACCAGCGACGGUCGGCCAAGAAGGGCGACGACGGCCGGCUAGGCAAGUUGGUCUUCCUCGACCAGACCCGGUACGACCUGUCCUCCGAGGUCACGAUCCUGGGCUGCACGCUGUACUCGCAGGUGCUCUCCUCGCAGCACGACCGCGUGAGCUUCGGCCUCAACGACUUCUACCACAUCGAGGACUGGACGGUGGCCGACAUCUCGGCGCGCGAGCCGCACCGCAAAAUCGUCGUCUUCACCCACCACAGCCCGAGCACGGCCGAGGGCACUUCUGACCCGGCGCACAAGGCCAGCCCCAUCUCCUCCAGCUUCUCCACCGACCUGUCUAGGGAGGAGUGCUGGGUCAACCCGAGCGUGAAGCUCUGGGCGUUCGGCCACACGCAUUUCAACUGCAACCUCGAGGACCCGGCCACCAAGAAGAGACUGGUCAGCAACCAGCGCGGCUACUACUUUGCCCAGGCCACCGUGUUCGAUCCGGACCGGGUCUACGAGGUGAAGUAG